AUGGCCGAGAAAAAUGUGUACAGAAAGACUCAUUACUAUUCCUCUAAUCUUUUUUUCCAAUCUUUGCUUCUCUUAGGGAUUGCCAUCGGAGUGUUGGUUCGAGAAUACAGCAAGCUGUCCAGUCUGGAGAAAUUCUACUUUGCUUUUCCUGGGGAAAUUCUAAUGAGGAUGCUGAAGCUCGUCAUUCUGCCAUUGAUUAUAUCCAGCAUGAUUACAGGUGUUGCCGCCCUGGAUUCCAGCGUAUCUGGGAAAAUUGGUCUACGCGCUGUCGUCUAUUAUUUCUGUACCACAAUCAUUGCUGUGAUUCUAGGCAUCGUGCUGGUGGUGAGCAUCAAGCCUGGUGUGACCCAGAAAGUGGAAGAGAUUGACAGGACGGGAAGUAGCCCUGAAGUCAGUACAGUGGACGCCAUGUUGGAUCUGAUCCGGAAUAUGUUCCCGGAGAACCUCGUCCAAGCCUGUUUCCAGCAGUAUAAAACCAAGCGUGAAGAAGUGAAUCCUCCCAGUGGGCCCGGGAUGAACGUGACGGAAGCAUCUGUCACAGCCGUCAUGACGACUGCCAUUUCCAAGAACAAAACAAAGGAAUACAAAGUCGUAGGCACGUAUUCCGACGGCAUCAAUGUCCUGGGCUUGAUUGUCUUCUGCCUCGUCUUCGGACUAGUCAUUGGGAAAAUGGGAGAGAAAGGACAGAUUCUGGUGGAUUUCUUCAAUGCUCUGAGUGAUGCAACCAUGAAAAUCGUCCAGAUCAUUAUGUGUUACAUGCCACUUGGCAUUUUGUUCCUGAUUGCCGGGAAGAUCAUAGAGGUUGAAGACUGGGAAAUAUUCCGCAAGCUGGGCCUUUACAUGGCCACCGUCCUGAGUGGGCUGGCGAUCCACUCCAUCGUCAUUCUCCCGCUGAUCUAUUUCAUAGUCGUAAGGAAGAACCCGUUCCGGUUCGCCAUGGGAAUGGCCCAGGCUCUUCUGACGGCUCUCAUGAUCUCUUCCAGCUCGGCCACACUGCCUGUCACUUUCCGCUGUGCCGAAGAGAAGAACCAGGUGGACAAGAGGAUCACGAGGUUCGUGCUGCCCGUCGGGGCCACCAUCAACAUGGACGGGACCGCGCUCUACGAAGCCGUGGCAGCUGUGUUCAUCGCGCAGCUGAAUGACCUGGACUUAGGCAUUGGGCAGAUCAUCACUAUCAGUGUCACGGCCACGGCCGCCAGCAUCGGAGCUGCGGGGGUGCCGCAGGCUGGCCUAGUGACUAUGGUGAUCGUGCUGAGCGCCGUGGGCCUGCCCGCCGAGGACGUCACCCUGAUCAUCGCCGUCGACUGGCUCCUGGACCGGUUCAGGACCAUGGUGAACGUCCUUGGCGACGCGUUCGGGACAGGCAUCGUGGAGAAGCUCUCCAAGAAGGAGCUGGAGCAGAUGGAUGUUUCCUCUGAAGUCAACAUCGUGAACCCCUUUGCCUUGGAAUCCACAGUCCUGGAUAACGAAGACUCGGACACCAAGAAGUCCUACGUCAACGGAGGCUUUGCCGUGGACAAGUCUGACACCAUCUCGUUCACCCAGACCUCACAGUUCUAGGACCCCUGGCGUCACAGGGCCAGGAAUGGUGAAGGACCACUCCCCGAGAGUCACCUCUUAGCAAAUCCAAACACUCAAGAAGGAAAAGAAAUGCACUAAUGGCCGAUUGUACAUUUGAUUUGAUAUAUAGACCUCCAGAUUAUUUUCUAUAUUUGGAUUCACAGCUUUUGCUCUCCGGGUUCUGGGAUUUGGAGGUGGGGUAACAGGAAAGAAAAUAGAUUAAAAGGAAAGCUGCAUUGUCUGCAACAUAGAAAUUCUAUGAAAAACAAAGUUUGGAAGUGCGUAGACUAAUAACUAUUCGAUUAGGUCAUGAAUGUGGAAGAAAACUUGCUUUCUCAUAUACAAUCCAAUGUUUUGGGUUUUUUAAAAAAGACUACAAAUUUUUACUCAAGCUUUCUAUUGGCAUGGGUUUCCUUUGACUUCUCACAUUUUUAUAGAUUAUAAUGCAUAUAAAUACUACCACCGCUGCCCACCCCCAUUUAAUGUGCCAAAUUGUCCAUUUUUAACUCAUCUCCUGCCAAUUUCAAAGAGACUGCUUUGAAAGAAAGCAGACCAGCAGUUCCACAAUAACGGUUACAAGAUGGGUGAAGGGUCUUGCGGGAAGGGAGCGGGGUUCUUUUUUCAAUAUACUGUAUCGGGACGCUGGUAACUGUCAACCCAGUGCUGAGUACAGAGCUGGAUAGAGAGAUAUAUAUAUAUCUGUAUAUAUUUAUUAUUUUCAUAUAAGUUGCCAGAUAGAGAUCAGAAUUGAACUGUCAAUGUGAAAUAAAGAGUUCUCCUCAUACUUGAAUAAUAACUACGAUUCUAAUCCACAUCUGCUUCGGGGCUAAUCUGAACUCCUCUCUCAGGAGCACGACGAUGAAAAGUGAGGCCGUCUGGUCCGCAUCUGUAUCUGCCUCAAAGCAGACAUGCACUAUGGUGGUACUCUAAGGUGCCCAUUCCUCUCCGGCGUCCAGACUCUAGCCCUGGGAGGGGCUCCGUAUCAGCUCUGUGUUAGAUUGUAACCAAACGUGGCCCUCACGUAAGGCUAGAGGUGUUUUAAUCCAACUGGAAGGCUUCAUUCUUCCAAGGCCAAUUAUACCCACUCUACAAAUGACAGAACUGCCAUUUUGUACCCAUCAGGACCCAAGCCCCCGUGGCAAACUGCCAGCCACCCUGUACUUCAUUAUGGGUUUGAUGGAUUGAACAAAUCCCAUUGGCCAGAGAAGCACGGUCCCUACCCGGGAUUCUUGCAGAGUAAGCCCGUGAGUUGGUACCGUCACACGAGACGCCGGUGUCCGUGGUUCAGGGACUCUCCCGUUGUAGGAAACCUAUCUCCUCCUGAGAGGAGCGCUGUCCCAGCCAGCAGUCUAGUCCCCUCGGCCCCGCUUACUAAAAUCCGUGUCCUGUCAUCCUCCUAAUUUAUGAAGUUACUUGCUUAUUAAAAGUCUACGCUUCGCCUCUCACCUUGUAAAUAAUGCUUAACAGAAAAACUUGUAUUUACACUGAGAUCCCAGAUCAUCCUCUUUCUGCAGAAUUGAGUAGCCAGUUGAAGCCUGUGCUUUUCUACUGAAGAAACCAGAAACUGUGCCAAAGAUCACGGAAAAGUAAAUAAAUGCUCAAUGUUGACGCCUGUCCCUGAAAUCUAUAGGAGAGGGACACUGGGUGGUCAUGUAAACACCACAACUGACUGUCAGCACAACUGUAUUCAUAACUUGUCUCGGGUCUGGAAGGUCCUCCCCCCGCCGUGGCCACUGGCUCCGAUCGGAGGCACUAGAGUUGGCAGAACGGUUGAGAACUGCAGGUCGGCCUAAUCUUGGAGCGAGUUUGUAACCAGCCUCUUAACACACUGUGCUGUUAACUCAUAAACUCUCAAUAAAUACUUUGUCAUUCUUUCCUCCC